AUGAAGCCCGUUGUUGUCUUCGUCCUCGGCGGGCCCGGGGCGGGCAAGGGGACGCAGUGCGCUCGCAUUGUGGAGAAAUACGGCUACACGCACCUUUCCGCCGGUGACCUCCUGCGAGACGAACGGAAAAGGCCAGGCUCACAGUACGGAGAACUCAUCGAGAGCUACAUUAAGGAGGGGGAAAUUGUACCAGUUGAAAUAACAAUCAGCUUGCUGAAAAGGGCUAUGGAUCAAACAAUGGCUGCCAAUUCCCAGAAGAACAAAUUCUUGAUUGAUGGAUUUCCCAGGAAUGAAGAUAAUCUUCAAGGCUGGGAGAAGACUAUGGAUGGAAAGGCUGAUGUUUCUUUUGUUCUCUUUUUUGAUUGUGACAACGAGAUUUGUAUUGGCCGCUGUCUUGAAAGAGGCAAGAGCAGUGGUAGGAGUGAUGAUAAUCGUGAGAGUCUGGAAAAGAGAAUUCAUACAUAUCUGCAGUCUACAAAGCCUAUAAUAGAGUUGUACGAAAGAAUGGGAAAAGUCAGAAAAGUGGAUGCCUCUAAAUCUGUUGAUGAAGUUUUUGAAAAAGUUGUGCAAAUUUUUGACAAAGAAGGCUAAUUCCCAGCUUGAAAGUUAUUUAAACUUGUGCUUGAAUCUUGCUUGAAUAGCUGCUACUGCAGUCCACUCUUUGUAAUUGUUUUAAAGUAUUUUUUAAAUUGUUUUUUUUUUCACAUAUCUAACGAUGAUUGGAAAAGCAGUUAAUAACAAAUGGAUCUGUUUUU